UAGCAUAUGUCAUAUGAUCUAUGAUUCUAUGGUGAUUGGUGGGAUUUAGGAAAGAAAAGUUGAAAAGUUUGUAUGGACAAAUAAAGCUUAUUAGAAAUUUUCUCAAUCAUAAUGGAGAGUAAACCGCAAAAAAUGCCAAAAGUGGCAAAGGUUAAAAACAAAGCUCCCGCAGAUAUUCAAAUUACUGCCGAGCAACUUCUUCGAGAAGCCAAGGAGAGGGAUUUAGAAAUAUUACCACCUCCUCCUAAACAAAAAAUUUCAGAUCCCCAAGAACUCGCAGACUAUCAGCUACGAAGAAGAAAGCAGUUUGAGGAUAACAUCAGGAAGAAUAGAACGGUUAUUCCUAAUUGGUUGAAAUACGCUCAAUGGGAAGAAUCUCAAAAGGAAAUACAACGAGCAAGAUCUAUUUAUGAACGUGCACUUGACGUUGAUUAUAGAAAUAUUACAAUAUGGCUAAAAUAUGCAGAAAUGGAAAUGAGAAAUCGUCAAAUAAAUCAUGCACGAAAUCUUUGGGACCGUGCAGUAACGAUAUUACCUAGAGUAAACCAGCUUUGGUAUAAAUAUACCUAUAUGGAAGAAAUGUUGGAAAAUGUUCCAGGUGCACGUGCUGUUUUUGAGAGAUGGAUGGAAUGGCAACCCGAUGAACAAGCAUGGCAAACCUAUAUCAAUUUUGAAUUGAGAUAUAAAGAAAUAGAUCGAGCAAGACAGAUCUAUGAAAAAUUCGUUAUCACACAUCCAGAAGUCAAGCAUUGGAUCAAGUUUGCUAGGUUUGAAGAAAACCAUGGAUUUAUAAAUUCAGCAAGAAAGAUUUUUGAAAGAGCUGUGGAAUUUUAUGGAGAUGAUUAUAUGGAAGAAAAAUUAUUCAUGGCCUUUGCCAAAUUUGAAGAAAAUCAAAAGGAACAUGAAAGAGCAAGAGUUAUAUAUAAGUAUGCCUUAGAUCGUAUUCCAAAAGAAGACACAAAGGAACUCUCCAAGGCCUAUAUAAUACAUGAAAAAAAAUAUGGUGAUAGGAGUGGUAUCGAAGAUGUGAUAGUGUCUAAAAGAAAAUUUCAAUAUGAACAAGAAAUUGAACAGAACCCCCUUAACUAUGAUGCGUGGUACGAUUACAUAAAGAUUAUUGAAAGUGAAGAAAACAUAGAAUUGAUCAGAGAAACUUAUGAAAAAGCAAUCGCUAAUGUGCCACUUUCAAAGGAGAAACAAUAUUGGAGGCGUUACAUUUACCUUUGGAUUAAAUAUGCCAUUUUUGAAGAACUCAAAUGUGAAGACUACGAUAGAACCAGACAAGUUUACAAAGUGUGUCUGGAUGUAAUUCCCCAUAAACUUUUCACAUUUGCUAAGAUAUGGUUGAUGUUUGCAAAGUUUGAAAUUCGUCAAAAAAAUUUAUCGGCCAGUAGAAAAAUAUUAGGUACGUCAAUUGGAAAGUGUCCUAAAGAUAAGCUGUUUAGGGGAUACAUUGAUUUGGAACUUCAACUAAGAGAGUUUGAUAGGUGCCGUACUUUAUAUCAAAAAUUCCUGGAGUUUGGCCCAGAGAAUUGCAUAACUUGGAUUAAGUUUGCUGAAUUGGAGACUCUUUUGGGUGACAUAGACAGGGCUAGGGCUAUCUAUGAAAUAGCCAUUCAGCAGCCAAGGCUCGAUAUGCCAGAAUUAUUGUGGAAAAAUUACAUAGAUUUCGAAAUAUCUCAAGAUGAAACAGAAAAUGCACGACUCCUGUAUGAAAAACUGCUUGAAAAGACAUCUCAUGUGAAAGUUUGGCUGUCUUACUCUAAAUUCGAACUUAAUAACGAAACUGAAGACGACUUGAAUAUUAUUUUGACUAGGGAAGUCUACAACAGGGCGAAUGAAAGUUUGAAACAAUGUGAAGAAAAGGAAUCAAGAGUUAUACUUCUGGAGAAGUGGAAAGAAUUCGAAAAUGCUUAUGGUACCGAUGAAACUAGAGAUAAAAUUAAUAGUAAAUUACCUAGGAAGAUAAAGAGAAGAAGGAAAGUUAUCAAUGAAGAUGGAACUGAAGAAGGUUGGGAAGAAAUAGUUGAUUAUAUCUUCCCUGAAGAUGAAAAUAAUAGGCCUAAUUUGAAAUUGUUGGCUAUGGCCAAGAAUUGGAAGAAAAAAAUUGAAGAGAUCAAUAAUAAAGAAGAUACCGAGUUGCCAAUUGUUGAAAACAAUGUGAAUUGAUUUGAGAACAUUUUUGUUCUGAUUGUGUAUAAUACUUUGAUUUUCAAAACUGUAUAUAGAUUAAUUGGUUUUUGUCCCUUUCAAAAAAUAUACCUAAAUCUGUUGAAUUUCCUGAUUCUUUUAACAGUAAAUUAAGUCUUUUAUGUAUAUUUAUAUAAUAAAAAAUUUGAUAAGCAAUAAAA